AAGACGAGGCGGACGCCCCGUGACGUCACGCGGACAACUCUCUCGACCAGCGGACAGUGCAUGAAAGUUUCGAACAAGUUACAGUUGUUUACGUAGACCAGGAUUUCUGUUGGAAUGAUUGAAAUCACUUAAAAAGUUAAGAGGCCCGACAUCCGCGGUUUGGAGGCGAAUGCAAAAUGUCAUUGAAAUGAUGUCAAAGCAAUAUGGGUAUUUUAACUCGAUUCAAAGGAGGAAAAUGCGGACUAUACGUGCUAAUAAUUGCCAUCCACAUCCCGAUACUGCAAGGAGAAGGGCAGCCCUCGUGCCCCACAUUAGCCGAGAACCCAAUCUGUCCUUGUUAUAAUAUCAAGGAAGGCCUAUUUCUGGAAUGUCCCAGCGCUACUCCGGGAGUCGUCAAGAAUGUCCUAUCCAAAAUAAAAGGAUCAAUACAAUCUUUGUCUAUAUACGACCUUGAGAGCUCAAUUACAGAACUGAAACCAGACCUAUUUCCACCAAACAUAAGGAUAAUAAAUCUACAAAUCUCGCAAUCAAACAUAAACAAAAUCAACUCAAACGCCUUUACAUCGAUUCGCGACUCUUUGGGAUCUUUGAGCAUAAUUUCUAGUAAAUUAAACAAGAUUCCUCAUGAAUCAUUAUUUGAACUGUACAGCAUUGAAGCACUUGAUUUACAGCUCAACGACAUCAAAGACAUUCAAGCAAACACAUUCAGAAAUCUGAAACUCAAGAAACUCAAUUUAAAAGGGAAUAAAGUUUUUAAUAUUUCAGAAAAUGCAUUUCACAGUCUAGAAGAGUCUUUGACGGAGCUAGAUGUAACUGAAAAUUUUCUGAAUAUUUUUCCCUUACAAGCUCUCGGAAAGCUUAACAAGCUAAAUAGUCUACGGUUAGCGUGGAAUAAAAUAAAUUCAAUACCAGAUAGUGGCAACAUCACAAUAUCUAAUUUAGUUUCUUUAGAUUUAAGUUCAAAUUAUUUUGUAGAAAUUAAAAACAACUGGUUCAAAUGCAUACCAAAAAUUAAAGUUUUAACUUUUUUUAGUAAUCGCAUACAGAAAAUAGAAGAGGAAGCUUUUCACCCAUUAGGUGAUUUAGAAACUAUAGACUUGAGUCGAAAUAAAAUUACAAACAUCGACAAAAAUAUAUUUCAAAAAAAUUAUAAAAUUCGCACAAUAGACUUAAGUCAUAACCAUUUACACAAUAUAAAAGGUGUAUUUUCAAACUUAUUGCAUCUUUCCGAGAUAUUUUUGUCUGAAAACAACAUCCUUGAAAUCCCGGAUGAUGCUUUUAAAAAUGCUGUCGGAUUAACGGUUCUAAAUUUAGAACAUAAUGCAAUCCAAAGGUUGCAUCCCAAUUGCUUUUCUUCUUUACAAAAUUUGACUCAACUGCACAUGGGAACAAAUUUUUUGAGAAAACUUCCUCGUAAUAUUUUUCACUCCAAUUAUAAACUAGUUACUUUAAGUUUAGAUAAUAAUGAAAUUAACGAAUUAGAUGAAUUAAUAUUUGAUAAACUAAGUGAGUUGAGAGAACUACGUUUGCAAAACAACAAGUUGAGUCAUAUAAAGCGAAAUGUGUUUAGCCCGCUGCCAGGGCUUUUAGAAUUACAUUUACAGAAUAAUGUUAUUCAAAACAUAGACUCUCAUGCAUUUAUUACUCUAAAGAGUCUUCAGCACAUUAAUUUGCAGGGUAACCGCUUAUCCACAAUUGGAGAUGUUUUCCCAAACAGAAACUCCUCGUUAGUUUCCAUACAGUUGAGUUCAAAUUACUUGUCUUUACUCAAAAAUAGCUCUCUAAGAGGGCAAAUGAACGUGCAAAUAAUGUGGCUCAGCCAAAAUAAUAUUAAAGUGUUAACUUUUAACUUAUUCAAUGAUUUGUUAAAUAUUCAAAGGCUGUAUUUAAAAAAUAAUAGUAUUGUACAUAUAGAAAAUAGGACAUUUAUGCACUUAAAAAGAAUAAAAUACUUAGAUGUAAGUAAUAAUAAGCUUACAAAACUAAGUAAUGAGACAUUUUACAAGCUUGUAACGUUGGAAGAACUGUAUUUACAAUGCAACAAUAUAAACCACAUUGCAAAAGAUACUUUCACAUUUUUAAUCAAGCUAAAAGUUUUAGACCUAUCACAAAAUGAAAUCAUAGUACUUGAUUUUGAUAUUUCAUCACUUCCAAUUAGGCAACUUCGACUCAAUAAAAAUUCUGUAUCAAUCAUCGAAGCCGACUCUCUCAAAAGUUUGCCCAAUCUGAGUGACUUAGAAAUGAACAAUAACUUUCUAACUUGGGAAGACGUUAUUCAGGUACAGAUAUCGGGUUUAAAAUCAUUAACAUUGUCCAGAAAUAACUUUACAGUGCUGGAAAAUAGAACGUUUUCUCAUCUGCCUUCGUUACAGGCCCUUUCGUUAGAAGUAUCCAACAUAUCCCACUUGCCUCCAGCAACUUUCAUAAAAAAUCAAAACUUAUUACGCAUUAACUUAGCGUUUAAUAGUUUGAGGGACUUGCAUAAAGACGUUUUUGCAUACACAACAAUAUUACAGGAGCUCAAUCUAAAAGGAAAUAAUUUUACAGAAUUUCCUCAUGUGGCCCUGUUCAACAUCACCUCAUUAGAAAUACUUGAUUUAUGUCACAAUCAGUUGCAGAGUAUUGAUUUCUUUAAAUUCAUAGGUUUACAGAAUUUAAGAACAUUGAAUUUAUGUGAUAACCAUAUCUCAGUGCUAAAUGGUUUCAAUUCGCCGGCCUUAAAAAACUUGGUGAGCUUGAAUUUAAGCAGAAACAUGUUAACAGUUCUUCCACCGAAUUUCUUCCAACAUUCUAUAGGCAUGAAGGAAAUUGACUUGUCACACAAUCUCUUCAAAAAUAUACCUAGCAACGGUUUAUCAGAAGCUGUACUACCUACACUUACAAUGCUGAACAUGUCUCAUAAUACUUUAACACAGUUAUUGCAAACAUAUCCUUCAAAGCAAUUUCCGCAACUAGAGGAAUUAGUUGUAACUGGUACGAAUUUAACGAUAAUAACAAGUAAGGACUUCGAACAUUUCCCAUCACUGAAACGACUCAUUCUACAAAGAAAUUCUAUAGUCCGACUGUCGCCUGGAGCAUUUUCGAAACUACACAAUUUACAUGUACUGGAUUUAAGCCAAAACCAAAUGGAAAACAUUCCCAGAGAACGACUCCAAGGAUUAUAUUCCACACGUUUGCUGAAUAUAUCACAGAAUAUCAUCAGAGAACUCGAAGAAUUUACAUCGGAUUUGCAAAGUUUGCAAAAGUUAGAUGUCUCUUUCAAUCACAUAACAAGAAUAAACAAAGAUAUAUUCAAAGGCCUACUAAGUCUCACUGAGUUGAAUUUGAAAGGCAACUGGCUGUCGGCCAUAUCCUCGGAUGCUUUUCAGAGUUUGAACAAGAUUACAUUUAUUGAUCUGAGUCACAAUUACUUCGAAAUAAUUCAGAUAAAAAUGCUGGCGGUUCUGGAGACGCAAAUAAAAACGAUUUCGUUUGAUGACAACCCCCUUACUUGCAACUGCGAGUCGCAGAAUGUUUGGAAGUGGAUGCAGGACCAUUACAAGAUUGUAUUAAAACGUAGCAGCAAUUUACGUUGUGAGCAUCCAGAGGAACUUCACGGAUACAGUUUCAUCCAUUUACCUCCGCAGAAACUAUGCGACAUACCCCUUGUAAACCGGAUCGCCAUACAAGAUAUUCAAACAUAUUCCGUCGUCGUAUCUUGGCAGGGUCGCAACCAAAGUGGCUUAAGCGGGUAUCAAGUGGCUUACUUCAGUGAACAAAACCCGAGCAUCAUACGAGGCAAAAUUCUCAACGCUACAGCAAGGUAUACAAGACUUAACCAUUUGACGCCCGGCUCCCGAUACACAAUCUGCGUGCUAGCGAUCGGAAACUUCGGCAUGUCUACGUCUACAGGCUCCUCUGUGCCCGACGCCAGAAUAGCUCCUUUCCCAGAAAUUGCCACCAAUAAUUUAUACAGCGACGAACAAACGUUUAACCAUUUACGAUCUUACAUGAAUGAUUCCUUAACAAGUAAAUGUACCAGUGUAAGCACAAUCGAAAUAUUUGGUGCACCAAUGGAUAGUCCUUUCUCGAAUACGUACAUGGGUAUCGCUGAUAUUCUGACCAGAAGACUCAGUUUGGUUGUGGGUUGCUGUAUCGGCUUCAUAGUGUUUGUGGUUUUAGUUUCAGCAUUAGGAUACAUCAAAACAAAGAAACGUCCUGUGGUUGGAAAAGCCGAAGUGCAACAAGCACCUCAAUAUAUUUCAUACGAUAACUUCAACACGCCCAGCAUAGAUGUUCAAACCACCGAUAUGGACAUAAAUACGAUUACAGACAAAACAAAAUCGCUAGCGAAACGCGAGUGAGUUAUAAUCGCAUGCGUGUGUUAACCCACACAAGUUGCUGCCAAAAGGAACGGAUUUUUUCCAAUUUGAUUCCCUCAUGAAUAGCAUGCCACUCACGUUGGGAACCUUUUAUACCUCCAUCGUCUUUGAAACUUCUUUCACAAGUUUGACAGACAGGAAUGAAUUAUUAUAACUACCAGCUAUCAAUAACGAAAUGUGUGAUAAUCGAAAAACUUUUGUAUCAUUCACGCCAUUUUGGGUAACAAGUUGAUACACUUUAUUAUUUGUCACCAAAUACUUUUGCAGUUUAGUGUUAAUUAUUAUGCUAUGUAACUUUGCAGUGUCACGAUUCAUUAAGGUUAUCAAGUAAACUUUUGUCCCAAAAUUUUUAGUGUCAUAUGUAAAUACUUAGGAACUAUAAACGUAAUGUGUUUUUAUGUUAUUCAUAUUUUAUAUAAAGUAUGUUAACUUAUAAUUUAUUAUAUUUACUAACUUAAAUGGAUGAUGAAUGGAAACAGGUACGAAGCUUAAAUUGUAAUCAUCUUGAAAGUAACGUAAAGAUAAAAUUACGUAAUUUUGAUUUAAUUAUUAUUAUUGGAACUGUGAUGUAACUUGUUUCACUAUUUGUUGAACGUAUAACGUUGUAAUUUUUUUAUAUAAAAUAAAUAUUAAUUGUGAUUAUUAUUAUACAUAACUGUAAAUUUUUAGAAUAUACAUAACUACGUUGUAUAAUAAAAACUAAUCGUAAUGACUCUUGUAGAUGUUACUGUAAAAAUAUUAGGUAUUUGAAUUUUUUAAAUAAACAUGCCAAACCAAUAUUUAUACUCUGAAAAAAGGGAUAUUGUGUAACUAUUUAUAGUGAUAGGAUAAAUUGUGAACGAAAUAUCAAACUCGUCUAGAU